AUGCCGAGGGAUCUGUUCGCCGAAACCCCGUACGCGGGCCUGCGCGUGUCGGAAGAGGUGAAGCACCAGCUCAUCGACCUCGAGAACGAGCUCCUGGUGCAGCAUUUCCAACAGUACGAGGAGUAUGUCGCCGUCGACAACCGCCGGGUCGACGAGCACCGCUGGGAACAUUUCAAGUCCAAGGAAGACCUGCACGUGUACGAGGACCGAUUCCAGCACUCGCAGUCCUGGAAUGCUGUAGUGCCAACGAAGUCGGGCAUGCCCGUGAUGCUGCGAGUUGGAACGGUCCCCGGUCGCCUGGACGACCUCAUGUUUGGCGUCGUGAACCCGACGUUGGGUUCCAUGCGCAUUCAAACCUCCUACGUUCACGACGUCGACGCUGCUGCGAUCUUGUGCCCGAUCGACGAGCCGAGUGAAGAGGAGCCGUUCCGCUCGCUGGUCAUCAAGUGGCUGCCACUGGACGCCAGUCUCAUCAAGAAGGCCCGCGACUUCGUGUACAUCGAGGCGACCGGCAUUCUGCACUUUGGCAACGGUGACCGCGUCGGCUACCACCUGAAGCACUCGGUUGAGCUCAACCAGACCAAUCCGCAGCCGAACGUCAUCCGCGCAAACCUCUCGUACUGCAGCUUCUACCGACAGAGUCACACCAACGUCAUCGACGUCUUCGGAACCAUGGCUCUCGGGGGCAAGAUUGGGCGUUAUGUAUCGGUCCGAGUCGCUACGGAGGCUCUACUUUCGACCUACAACCUCGUGUUCUGCGCGCAGAUGAAGAAAAUGUCGUGGAUGCUGCAGCAGCAGCGCUCGAUGGGGCUGCAGAGGGGGCGGAACAAAAGCUGCGUCAUGUGCAACAAGGACACAAGCUCGGGCAUCAUCGGCAGAAUCGGUAAGAGCACGUGCAACUUGUGCUACGGCUCCGUGUGCCACUCGUGCAGGAUCAACUGGCGCAUCAGCUUCAUCGCCCUCGGUGGCAAGCUCGUUCAACGGAAAAUCGCCUUCUGUGCGACGUGUAUCAGCAAAGCGUCCGUGUGCGACCCGAAGCAAGCUGCUAGAGACCAAGCUACGGGUUACGGGGCUUACAAAAGCCUCUCAACCGCCUCCCGCUCGGACACGACGGAAGUGUCUAAUUUUUCGGUCGUCUCGUACUCUGACCCAGCGGAAGUGUCGGACUACGAUUAUAGGACUUGUUUAUAA